GCCGGGACGCUUCUAAAAGCCGGUAACUGGUCAAUUUCGUCAUCGGAUCAGGCUGGACGGCGCCUAAGGGCUACACGGCAUAUGAUGUUACACAGUGUCUCAAGCCCAGCACAAAGGAUUUAGAAAUCUCCGUAAUGCUAGAUCUGCGCUGUCUUUCACUACUUGUGGAAGGCCCCCAAUUAAAUACAGGAAGGGUAGGACUUCGGAGUUUCUUUCAGUAAGUGCUUGCAAUUUCUUACUUUUCUUAUGCCUAUUAUCCAGGACCAGAAACCGUCUCUUUUAUGAUGAACUAAGUCUUUUCACUUUGGUGUUAUUGUUGUUAUUGAAUCGUUGUCUUUUCGUAUCUUUUGCUAGUAUUAUUUGAACAUUGGGGUUGUAGGAUGCAUGCUAGUGUACGGCUGCUUUUGGGAUUUUCAUUUCUUUACUCGUCGCUUAUAAUAUAUCUUCGAUUAACAUGCUGGAAAGAUCCAACCUCCGUAUUUUUUCAGUCAGAACGUGCGCGCGCCCCUAGCUAUUCGACGUAUCGAAUACAACAGAGCAUAGAGCAUGCCAAUCUACAAGGUACCAAGGGACAUCUGCAAAGAAAUAGCAGUACUCCGCCUGCACUGUGUAUUGGAAUUCCCUCGGCGCAGAGGCAAGGGAUAUCGUACCUCGAGUCAACGUUGGGUUCCCUACAACACGGCCUUAGUGCAAAAGAGCGGGAAGAUCUUUACUUUGUUGUGCUUCUUGCCCAUACCGACCUGAGAAAGCACCAAGGUCACCAGCAGCCAUGGCUUGCCAAUAUGGCUGAUCAGAUGGUUUUUUAUAGCGAUGACCCGGCCAGACUAAACCUGGCUCGAACCAUAGAGCGUAAGGAAUCUCACGGGGUCAAAGCCAAAUUCGAUUAUUCGAUUGUUAUGGAAGAGUGUGUAAAGACUAGGGCUCCCUACCUGUUAAUGAUUGAGGAUGAUGUCGUUUUUAUGGACGGGUGGUGGCAUCGAAUCGCAAGAGCAUUAGAAGUUGCUACGACCAAGACAUGGAAAGCAGGGUAUAUGGAUUUCCUCUAUUUACGGCUCUUCUAUUAUGAGGGUCUCCUUGGUUGGAACUCGGAGUACUGGUUAAAAUACAUGACCUCAUCUUCUGCCGUCGUUGCUGGUACUACAUGCAUCCUACUUUUGAUGCGGCGGUAUGUACCCGCAGCGCGUUUACACCUUACGCGCUCGGUAUUCCUUCUGGUUACACUUGUGUUCACCCCUCUCCUAAUUCUGCUUUACUUCGCCGCUGGUGGUAAUUGUGUGGCGCCGCGACCGACGGGUGUACAUCUAAUGCCUGAUCACGCGUGCUGUGGACAAGGGCUCGUGUUUCCGCGUGCCAAGGUUUCUGACGUGCUGUUGCCCCUUUUCCAUAGAAAUAGGUGGUCUGAUGUACCGACCGAUAGCUUUAUAGAAGAAUAUGCGGAUGCGACGGGUGAUUUACGCUGGGCGUUGACGCCCGUCGUGAUGCAGCAUGUUGGGGGGGAAAGUAGCCAUGGUGCCUAUAGGGGUGGAGGCUGGACACCCGUUCGUAUCUGGAAUUUUGGGUUUGAGGAUAAUAACCCAGACGCGUUGGCUGCGGAGCACCAGUUGAUAAGGGAUGGGCCAACUGUAUAGAUUGUUACAGGUUUCUUAUAUCAACACUAUGGUCCGUAACACUAUUGCAAUGAGUAAAAUGCGUACCCAUGAA